UAUUGCAGCCGAGAGGAAUCUUUCUAGAAAAGCAGCAACACUUGCGUAUACUGUAGAGUCUGAUGUGUAUGAAGCUGUUUGUAGUUUAAAUCUUAGCAUCUUGCUUGUGUUUAUCAGCUAAAUACAUUAAAGGAAAGACUUAUCUAAAGCAGCCAAAGACAUGGACCUUAGCGAACAGAUCACAGGACAUGAGAGUGACUUGAAAGAAGUGACACGGCUCCUGGAGAUGUGUGAAAGGAAGAGGGUGCAGGAUGUCCUCUCACAGGAGAAGAAAAAGAUCGAGAAAGAAUUGGCUCAGAAACAGCAACAAAGAGAACAGCAAGCAAAAAGAGACUCUGGAGACAAAGCAGAAACAACAGUCAAGGGAUACACAGUCAAAAUAAACAAUUAUGGUUGGGACCAGUCUGAAAAAUUUGUAAAAGUCUACAUCACGCUAAAAGGAGUGCACAAAAUCUUUGCUGACAAUGUUAAAGUCAGCUUCACAGACAGGUCUUUCAAUGUGCUUGUUGAAGGUUUGGAGGAAAAAAACUAUCAAAUGACUGUCAACAACCUCUUGUUUCCCAUUGUAGUAGAGGAGAGCAGUAGAAAGGUGAAGACAGACAUGGUACUCGUCAUGUGCAAAAAGAAGACAGCAAAGAAAUGGGAGUUUCUUACACAGGUGGAGAAACAGUCUAAGGAGAAAGACAAACCCAACUAUGAUGAGAAUGCAGAUCCUGGAGAGGGGCUGAUGAAUAUGCUGAAGAAGAUCUACUCAGAAGGUGAUGAUGAAAUGAAGCGCACAAUCAACAAGGCCUGGGCAGAGUCACAGGACAAGAAAACCAAAGGAGAUGAUUUUGAUUUCUGAGUCAGUCUCUAAACUAACAUUGAAUUACAGUUUGUCACCUACGUUCCAUUUCUGUAUAACUGGCAUAUCAUGGCUAACAUGGAUUUUCUGCAGUUGUCAUUCCCCCAAUACUGUCAGAAAACAUUUGCUCCUGAAUUGUGACAUGCUGCACUCUCUAUUGGAUUUUCAAGAUUGCAUAAAUGAUGGAAAAUAAAAUAUCAACAAAGAAAAUU